AUGGAGACUGAAAACGCUACAGUGGAAGUCGACAACAAAGAUGUCACAGAGAUUGAAAACGCUACAAUGGCAGUUGACGACCAAGAAGUCACAGAGAUUGAAAAGGUAUUAAGGGAGGCUGGGGAACUGGCUGCAGCCCAUGGCCAAGCUACAGAACAAGAAAAGAGAAUUCAAGACCCAGUUGUUGCACGUGACUGUGAUGACAUAAAAAAGCUUGAGGCCAACAAAGAGGGACAUUUGAAAGAAAACUGUGAGGAUUUUUAGUUUCCCCCACUGAUUUACAACAGAACAGCCAGUGCAAAUGUGAACCAGUGGGGGUUGUUGGAGCUAUAAACGAGGGACCAUUUGUUAAGUUUGUGAGAGAUGUUCGUUUAAACCUCAGUGAUCAGAACGCAAGCUCACAGGAUGAUCAGUUGCGUUUCUCACGUAUGACAGCUGUCUCUUUAGAAGAGUAUAGAAGGUAUCGAGCCGAAUAUUGCACUAGGUAUCACAAAGAACAGUGUGUGGAAUGUGAUGCACUGAUCAACAUGGCGUUGCACAUAUCUCAGAAAGGAAUAGUUAAAGUGUCCGACGUUUACAAGAGUCAGUUUCCUGAAAAGAAAUAUCAAUCCGACAAGGCGGUGAGAAGACUUAUGCAGUUACCCGUUGUUAUUUUCAAGUAG